AUGGUUAAUAUUGGUGGAACAAAUAACUCGCCACAAAAUAUCACUUCCGCAUGUAAACCGAAUAUGACGGUUAAAUUAUUGAAGGUUCGUCGAGUUCCCUACACAAUGCAUGGUGUUUUGCAUUAUUUACAACAUGAAUGGAGCCGAUAUGAGAUGGAACGUGCACAGUGGGAUAUGGAGCGAGCUGAACUUCAGGCCAGAAUUAGUUUUUUACAAGGCGAACGUAAGGGUCAAGAAAAUCUCAAAGCAGAUUUAGUUCGACGGAUCAAAAUGUUGGAGUAUAGUUUGAAACAAGAAAGGGCGAAAAAUUAUCGCUUAACACAUAAUGGUCAAGAACAACCAGAGGCGGAAUUGACUGCCGAAGACAACCAAACAGUUUUAGAAGGUGCUAAUCAACCACCGUUGGAUGUGGAUGCUUAUUCACCACAAUAUAAUAGUGCUUCUACAUUUAGAAAUGCUCGGGCUUUAUUGCGACAGUACUUACAGGAAAUUGGUUAUAGUGAAACGAUUUUGGAUGUUCGCUCGUUCCGGACCAAAAAUCUAUUAGGAUUGAUUCCACAGAACGAUUGGCUUGGUAGUGAUAUAAACAACGAUUCUCGGCAAGCUGCAGCCAAAGCGACUCAUGAAACUGAUCGAGCUGUAGUCGAAGCCGCACAGUUCCUCAACAAAAAGAAACAUGAUGGCGUACGGUUGGGAACUGAUGAAAGUGAUUCAGAUGAUGAACAACGGUCGCGAAAGGCUGUCAAAAAGGAUAUUCUUGACCCUGAAACAGUUGAUGCUUUGGGCGAAUUUUCAUUUUUGAAAGAUGAAAAGGUUAUUGCUAAUAAAAAGCGUGUAGAUAAUGGUGGAGAAUGGGGCGUCAAUCAACAUUUUAUUGACCAGAUGAAGGAGAAAUUCAGACUAGAACAGGAAAAAAAACGUGGUUCAAGUCAAAGCGAUGGCCCAUCAGCAAAAGGCCAGCAUGAUAUGUACUGUUCAAGUCAGGAUGAUCCAAAGCGAGAGGUUAUUAAUGAUGAAAUUCCGCAAAUUUGCAGUGGAAAGGCUAGAAAAGAUUAUAUGAAUAUUAAUUCAGCUCUUGGUAUCACAGACGAUACUCCAGUUGAUAUUAAAGAUGAUUUCGUCGGGUCAGAUGAAGAUACACUUGGUAUUAGAUGGAAUCUAAAAUUUAUCCUGAGAUCGCACUUCGAUUCUAUUCGUGCAAUGCAAUUUCAUCCGGUCGAACCGGUGCUCAUCACCUCUAGUGAAGAUGGAACGGCAAAACUAUGGAAUCUUGGUAAUACAGGACAGAAAUCUGAUGCAACAAAGGGAGCCCAAGCGCCAUCACAAGCGACCACAAUCACCGAAUUGGAACCAAUAUAUACCUUCCGUGGUCAUAAUGGCGCGGUUCUUUGCAUGGAUAUGUCUCCUACGGGAGAUAUGUGUUAUACUGCUGGUUAUGAUGGAGUCAUUUGUUGUUGGUCCAUUCCUUCAGUGAAUAUUGAUAUUUACGACAUAUAUGACCCGAAAGUUUUAGUUGAAAAACUAAAGGGACACGCAGAUGCUGUUUGGUCUAUUGCGUAUCAUUCAUCAGACAAUCGAUUAGUUAGUGCUUCCGCGGAUGGAACAAUAAAAUUGUGGGAACCAGGCAGCACUGAAUCUCUCAUUAAAACAUUUGGGGCUCCAUCAAUAAGUUUGCGUCCAACUUCGGUCGAUUUUGUCUCCACAGAACAUCAGCAACUUUUAGCAGCUUACACUCACUCGUAUGCUUCGAUUCUUGAUCUCGAAACUGGUCGAACAGUACUUUCUUUCGAUUUUGAAGAAGAUGCUGGAUUAAUCACGAAAAUUUUAUCACAUCCCACUAUGCCUGUUACAUUAACUGCCGGCGAUGAUCGAAAAAUUCGAUAUUUCGACAAUAAUACAGGCAAAUUAAUACAUGGAACCGUUGCCCAUAUGCAGCCAAUUUCUUCUCUUGCUAUAGAUCCUAACGGGUUGUAUCUGUUAUCUGGAAGUCAUGAUGGUUCACUUCGAUUAUGGAAUAUGGAAAAGCGGAUUUGCUUACAGGAAAUACCUGCUCAUCGCAAAAAGUUUGACAGUGCUGUAAUGUCAGUCGCAUUUCAUCCAUCACGGCCUCUCAUUGGAUCAGCUGGCGCUGAUGGUUUAGCAAAAGUGUUUGGGUCACAGAAAUAUUCUUAUGGAAGCAGCUCCGAUUGCUAG